CAUGAUGCACUAAUACACACAUUAGGAUGUACUUUCUAACCCGAUUUCGGUAUCACAUUCGCCGCAGUAAUAGAUCGCACCCGGAGCGAAUAUUUAACUUUUGGGACACAUGCGUAGUUGCGCAGUCUCUCACAUACUAGCCCCACCCAUUGCACACAGUGAGCAGCUGAAGAUUGAACUGAGCAAGCGCAGAGGCGCCAGACCGUCGGCCAAGCACACAGACGGCGACGCAGGGGUGGCCGAUCGUCAUAGUAAGAUGACCGUCUCAUCCGCACGCCCCAACGGAGAG